UUUCACACGUGGUCUUGUUUGAAAGGUUGGCGAUCAAGGGUUAAUGCACGCUCUAAGAUGGCUGUAAGCCUUUCGUCUCAUUUAAUGAAUUUCAAUGACGACACCGUGUACGACAAGCAAGUUGCCCAAAUGGAUGAGAUUGAAGAUCUGAGUACAUGCUCAGUCUGUUUUUCAGAGUAUAACAGUGAUAAGCGAAUCGCCAAGUUUCUCCCUUGUUUCCAUACAUUUUGCCUGGAGUGCCUUAGGUCACUGUCUUCAUCCACUGUUAUAAUAACAUGUCCUCUUUGUCGGAACACAUUUACAUGCAACAACGGUGUUGAUAAUCUUCCAUCUAACAUGUAUGCCCUCCAUAUUGCCAAAAUGUCCAACAAAGCUGAGAGAGCUAAACAGUUGCAAAGAUCGUUGGAAUGCUGGUGCCUGUCCUGUGAGUCAGUUGCCAAAUUGGCUUGCUAUUUCAGUAACCCGAAACAUACUCUUGUAACCAUAAGAGGUAGCACUCUCAAAGAAGCAGAAGAUCUUCAAAAGUUGGUAAAAGAUAUCCCAUUGAAAAAGUCAUUGGCUAUUAAAAAGCAUAAACAAGUGCAAGCCCAUCUGAACUCCUUAAUGGAAUCACUGAAGCAAGUUGAAGAUGGACUAAAAGAUCAGCUAAUGAAAAAUGAUCUUCAUCUAGCAGGAAUAAUGUCUUUAGAUGACAAUCUUGCUUUUGCGCAAGAUAAGAAAGAUAUGACUGUCGCAGCUGUUAGGGAAACUGUCAACAAGAUUGCUUUCCAGUGCGACGAAUCGUUGGCCGAAGUGGCAAAUAUUGCCGAAUAUUACGAAUCACAGAAAAGGAUUAGAAUCCUUUUAAAUCUUCGAAAUUCAGACAAUCAAGUCAUCCCAACGUUUUCUUUAUUCGAAGAUGGUUUUUACAGCAACUGGUCAACAGCGGAAAACUUGUCUACCACAGAUCGAAAUCUUAUGCUUGUAUCGCAUCUGGUCUUCACAAUCUUGAAGCGAUGGAAGAUUGCUUUGAAGGUCCAAUUACCUCCGAGUUCUAUGUUUACAGCAGGCAGCCUGUCUUCUAUCGAAAACCGACAUCCUCCACCACAGCUUCCCACUGUAAUCGCACCUUCCACAUCUUCCAGCGUCCCGUCAACUACGAUGUCCCCUAGUGUUGUCGAGCAACCACUGAAUAAACCUUCAAGUGCAUGGGGCCCAGCUCCCACGCUGAGCUACUCGCAAGUGCUCAAUUUGCCAAAACCCUUGCAGCCUCCGAAACCAGUUUCACAAGCUAGCAGUGAAUUACCUAGUUUCACCUUCCGGUUUGGCCAAAAAGGAAACAGCAAAUUCAACCUCUCCAGCAAAUUUCUCGGCGAAGUCCUGGUGAAAAUAAGGCUUUCAUCACACGUUACGUUCAUGCAAGAAUUAAUUUACUUUUGCCGUAAGCCAAGAGAAAUGUCAAGACGUAUCAUUAAGGCUUCUCCUGGGAUGUUCAUCACUGUCCAAGCCGAGAAUCCACUGAUGCUUGAGGCAAUGCCAGCUAUGCAUUCCCUGGGCACAUGGGAGAGCCAGGAACGAACAAAGGAUGCCUGGGACGUUGGCAUAAACUCGGUCUUAGAUGCGGACGGCCAGGUCGUUGCCUGGAAACUAAUCUUUCUUCUAGAAAAAUUUAAACCCAACAACAUGGAGGUGGCCAUGCUUUUUGGAAAAGUUCUGGAUGGCAAAGAAAUUUUACAGCAGAUGGCUUCAAGAACCAAACAGGAUCGUUUCAACCUGCAAGUUACCGUUAAAACAGUUUAAGCUUUAUGUUUUCUUAACUAGUGGUAGUAACAUCUCACACAUUUAUUUCCGUUAUUUUGUCAAACCCAGAAAGAAAGCAGUUAAAAUCCUUAACUGUAUUUCUUUAUUAUGGAGAUGUUAUGUUGUACCAACCUGCUAGAUGCGGUUUUCUCUUUCGGUUUUUCUUUUACGUUACCGUUUCGGCCCGUCUUUUACACGUAUAUAUUUAAAGCUUAUCGAUCAAACCCCUUCCCUCUCCACGUCGGAUACUAUGCGCUUUACAGCGAUCCACGGAUAACAGUGUCGACAAAAUUUCACGUGUGCGUUUUGAAAAGACCGGCUCAGUUGAAUAAACAGUUCAAAAGUUA